AUGGACGCUUCUGGUGAUGCUGCCCACAAGGCUCAUCGCGCGUCCCGCGUGGCAAAAAAGAAGAAGACCAAUUCCGGAACAGGUGGAAAGAAGAACGCCGUUGCCAAGCCAGGCGCAUUCGCGAGGCGCAUUCGCCUAUCCGCAGACCGCUCCGAGAAACGCGCAUCAAAUCCCACAGCUCCGGUCGACCGCACAGGUGGCGAUGAUGCCCCUCGUGUCGUCGCUGUCGUCGGUCCCAGGGGCGUGGGUAAGAGCACAAUUAUCAGAAACUUGGUCAAGCAUUACUCAAAGAGGUCUAUCCCGACCAUCACUGGACCUAUCACCAUUGUUGCAGGCCGGAAGAAGAGGGUUACUUUUCUUGAGGUUGGCCCAGACUUGAGUUCUAUGAUUGACGCUGCCAAAGUCGCCGACCUCGUACUCCUGGUUAUCGAUGCUAGUUUUGGGUUCGAAAUGGAAACUUUCGAGUUUCUCAAUAUUUCUGCCGCUCAUGGCAUGCCCAAGGUCAUGGGAGUUCUCACCCAUCUUGACGACAUUCGCGAUGGCAAACAGGUUCGUCGGGCAAAAAAGUCUUUCAAAGAUCGCAUUUGGGCUGAGCUAUAUGAUGGCGCCAAAGUAUUCUACUUGUCCGGUAUUACCACUUCUGGAGAUUACCUUAAUCGUGAAGUGCUCAACCUCGCUCGUUUCAUCUCGGUUACGAAAUACGCAAAUCUACGCUGGCGUGCCGAUCAUCCAUACGUCCUCGCUGAUAGAGUGGAAGACAUAACCCCGAAGAGCCUUCCGGCACAUGCAAAUCGUUCAGUCGCUGCGUACGGAUAUGUGCGGGGCUCUCCACUAAGAUUAACAUCCGGUGAAUGGCGUGUUCAUCUUGCAGGCGUCGGCGAUUUGUCCGCCAAUAAUGUUGAAGUUCUUCCGGACCCAUGCCCUCCCCCGGAGGCACGAAAGAGAAAACGAAGAGUGUCCGAAAGGGAGCGAAUUGUUUAUGCUCCGAUGGCACCGGAGGUGGACGGCAUUUCAUAUGAUCGCGAUGCAGUCUACGUUAACCUACCAGCCCAAGGAGUUCGAUUCUCUGAUAAAUCUGUUCUGGUCUCAACUGGGGUUACGGACAACGCGGAUGAAAUAGGCGGAGGAAAUGAGUCGUCGGAUGGAGAGGGUGAAAAAAUGGUCAAGAGUCUGCAGAAGACUUCCAGUGAAGCUGUUGAUCAGAGUUUGCGACGGUCGCAAUUGCAACUCGUGCAGGGGGGCAAACGAAUUCUGUCUGACAAGUUCAAAGAGGGAAGGUUAAGGAGGAGAGCGGACUUUGCAGGGGGAGAUGAAGAAGGAAGCAGUGAAGCUGGUUCAGACAGCGAAGAAGAAGAUGACGUUAGCGACGACGAGGGAGACGAUUCCAGUGUAGGGUCUUCAGUAGAAGUCAAGAAUCAGCCCCCGAAGGACAACGAAGCCGUACAUGAUUCAUCCGACGAAGGCGGCAGUUCUAGUGAAGACGACGAUGAGGAUGCCACUGCUCGGAUCUGGAAAAGCAAAAUGUUGGACAAUGCUGCAGCGAACUUAAAGAUGUCAUUGUCGCCAUCAAAAGCACUCGCAAAGUACAUUUACAAGAAAGAUACCAAGAGAUCUCAGGACGGAGGAAAUGUCACCGACAAUGACGAGUCUGAUCUCGAAGGCUCUAGUGCAGAAGAAGAUGAUCAUUUUUUUACGCCAAAGCGGAAGAGAAGCCAUGCCGAAACCGGGAACAACAAGGGAUUGGGGUUCCCGAUGAGCGUACUUGACGAUAUCACGCGUUUACUCCCGAAUGCCGCGAAUGAUUGGAUCUCUGAUCAGAGCCUGUGUGCCCGCCUUAGACGGCAACGCUUCGGAACUGGCCAGCGCAAUGCAAGCGCUGGAGAAUUGGGGAACGAAGAGGACGUCGACAGUGUGGUAGACGGAGAUUUCGAGGAUCUUGAAACUGGACAUGUUCAUCGGGCGAACGCAUCUCCAGUUGUUGCCAACGAAACCGGAGAAGAAAACAACUCGGACAGUGACAUUGAUGAUAUCAGAAGACGGAAAGUCCAGCAGAAGGAAGAGUUCAAUGCUGAAUGGGAUAGGCGAGACGGCACGAAAACCCCAGGAGAUGAAGACGACAGCGAUAGCAAGUCCGGCAUCGUUGCGCCGGAUAAUAGCUCUCGUAAGGCCCGCCGAGGCGCAGCGGAACGUGAGGUGGAUCCGCGGAAGGCUGAAAGAGAUCGUCUUGACAAGAUCAGAAAUGAAGAAAUGAGCGGACUCGAUCCUGAGGCACGUAUGGCAUUUGAAGGAAUUCUACCAGGCCAUUACGUUCGACUGGAGCUACAAGAUGUUCCCAUGGAGUUUGUUAAGUAUUUCGACCCUAACUUUCCUGUUGUCAUCGGGGGACUGAAGCCAUCAAACGAUGAGGGAAAUACUUUCCUAAGAGCACGAAUAAGGCGUCACCGCUUUAAACGUGGUGUACUGAAGUCGACAGAUCCGGUCGUGUUCAGCAUCGGUUGGCGUCGUUUUCAGUCAGUCCCCGUUUACGACACUGAAGAUCAGGGGGGACGCCGACGAUUUCUGAAAUACACCCCUGAAUAUUUGCAUUGUAACGCAACAUUCUGGGGUCCCGCCGUACCACCAGGUGCUGGAGCAAUUCUAUGUCAAUCUCUCGGGAGGGAGCGAGCUGGUUUUCGUAUUGCUGGUUCGGGAGUCAUCACAGAAGUGAACACUUCGUUUGACAUUGUGAAGAAGUUGAAAUUGAUUGGUGAACCCGUGAAGAUUCAUAAGAACACUGCAUUCAUCAAAGGCAUGUUUAAUAGCGAGCUUGAAGCCUCAAAAUACAUCGGCGCAACUCUCCGAACAGUAAGUGGUAUCAGGGGUACAGUCAAGAAAGCAAUUCCUGCAGGUACUUUCCGCGCCGGUUUCGAGGAUCGAAUUUUGCUUAGCGAUAUCGUGUUUCUGCGGGCAUGGGUGCCUGUGGUGGCUCCCAAGUUUUGCAGUAUCGCUACAACGCUUUUGGAUAAAGAACGGCAAGGAAACGGUACCGGAACAUGGCGCAUGCGUACAAUUCGAGAAGUGCGGGAAGCAAAGCAGCUUCCCAUACCUUUAAACAAGGACUCUUUGUACGCACCAAUCGAGAGGGCAAAGCCAGUGUUCGCACCGCUGAAAAUCCCAAAGAAACUGGAAGGUUCGCUACCUUACGCAUCAAAGCCCAAGAACUUCGUCACCAUUUCACAAGAACGGGCCUUGGUGCUUGAGCCUGAAGAAAGAAAGCAACAAAAGCUGCUCCAGGCAGUUUACACCAUUCGAAACGAAAGAGCAAAGAAAAGGAAGGAGGCAAACCAUAAACGACUUCAAAGAAAAACGAAGGAGCUGGACCGUGCAGAAGCUGUGCACCAACAGAGCGCAAUAGAGAGAAAAAAGCGGAAAUACGCCUUGGAAGGUGCGCAGGAAAAUCGCGGCUCAAAGCGACAAAAGAAAGACAUAGACGACGAAUAA